AUGUGGGCGCUGAAGCCGAUGUUCGACGAUGCUGAACGCAAUUUUCCAUUUGAUAUGUGGAUGCCAGUUAACCCGGAAAUAGCUGUCCAGUACUACAUCGGCUACGCUUUUCAACUAAUAACUAUCUGCAUCAGUGCCUAUAUAUAUUUUGGAGUAGACAGCGUCACCUUCUCCGCAGUUAUCUUCGGAUGUGCACAGUUGGAUAUCAUCAAGGAAAAGAUCAUGAGCAUAACUCCAGUGUAUGAUAGACAACGAAGUGAAGCUGAAGAAAUCCAAUCCAAAAAUUAUGAGAAGCUCGUCGACUGCAUCAAACAUCAUCAGGCUGUAGUUAAGUUUACGGAUCUCGUGGAGAAUACUUACCAUUCGUACUUAAUGUUCCAACUCGUUGGUAGCGUUGGGAUCAUCUGUAUGUCAGCGUUGAGAAUUAUAGUUAGCGAAGACCUCCACACAGUUAUGUACAAGUGCGUAUGGUACGAACAAAACCUAAAGUUUAAGCGGGACUUGUACUUCGCCAUGAUGCGCCUGAGCCGCCCUCUAGUGUUGCGCGCCGGGCUCUAUUUGAGGCUAUCUAGACAAAGUUUUGUUGCUAUACUCAGGAUGUCUUACUCCUACUUUGCAGUGCUGAAUCAGACAAAGUGA